GCAGGGAGGAGAAGGCGCUUGUACACCGCAGCGGUAACGAAGGACGCGGGAGAAUGUCGGAAGAAUGGUGACGAAAAGCUAGCCGUUCACCCCACUAGAAGAUCCUCAACAAGAAGCCAGGAUGGCUCUUCAGUGGGACAAGCUCUCACCAGCUGAGUUCCAUCAGCUUCAGGAUUUGGCAGCUUACUCCUCGAGAAAGCUGCAGGAUGUGCUCCUGGAAUUCUGUGCGUCCACGACACCGGGAAGUAUUCCCAAAUAUCAUCCGGACGGGGAUAUCGAUUACGAUGGCUUUAGAAAGUUUCUGGACACUUACCUCGACGUCACGACGCCGGAUGAGUUGUCCCGUCAUCUCUUCCUCUCCUUCGUCAAAAAGGGACCUCGUGGUGUCGAGGGCAAAGCUUUCAAGGAGAUGGCGGUGCUAUCGUCGACAACGGCCUGCGCGGCGAUAACGUCGCACACAACCUCCAGCAGCAACGUCAACAGUACAGGGAUGGGCACAACCUCGACCGUAGCCACGGAGAGCCAUGGUUCAUCCCUCGCUGACAAGAUACACGGGCUUACUGAGAAGCUACAGUCACUCGGACACCAUAGAACCGACAGCGAGGCCUCGGCCAGGAUACGCACCGGAAGUGUCCAUCCGAUGCUCGUAGUGACGCACACGUCCUACAGUUGCCACGACGUCCUGGAGAAGAAAAGCACCGACAGCAGCCCCAGCCACAGCCAGAUGUCGCGCAAUUCAUCGAGAAAGUCCAAUAAUUCUCUGCUCGUUAACAACGGGAAAUUGGAAGAGAUGAGACAUUUGGUAAGGAAACAAAGCACAAUAGACGUUCAUUCGGUUAAAGUCAGCUUGAAGGACAUCGUUUGUUAUUUAUCACUUCUGGAAGCAGGCAGGCCCGAAGAUAAAUUGGAGUUUAUGUUCCGGUUGUAUGACACCGACGGCAAUGGAGUCCUUGACACUAACGAAAUGGAUUGCAUCGUCAACCAGAUGAUGAAUGUCGCUGAAUACCUUGGAUGGGACGUCUCAGAGCUUAAACCGAUCCUUCAGGACAUGAUGAUCGAGAUUGACUAUGACGCGGAUGGCACUGUAUCCUUAGAGGAGUGGAAACGUGGCGGCCUGACGACCAUUCCCUUGCUAGUGCUUCUCGGUCUCGACUCCAACGUCAAGGAGGAUGGCAACCAUCUCUGGAGGUUGAAACACUUCAGCAAACCAGCCUACUGCAACCUAUGCCUCAACAUGCUUGUCGGUCUUGGCAAGAAGGGCCUCUGCUGCGUCUUCUGUAAAUACACGGUGCACGAGAGGUGCGUUCAAAGAGCUCCGGCUUCAUGCAUCGCUACCUAUGUCAAGAGCAAAAAGACUUCGCAAACAAUGGCCCACCACUGGGUUGAGGGCAACUGUCACGGCAAAUGCUCGAAAUGCAGAAAAACAAUAAAAAGUUACAAUGGCAUUACCGGCCUCCAUUGCAGAUGGUGUCAAUUAACGCUUCAUAAUAAAUGUGUGUCACAAGUACGGGCGGAAUGCACCAUGGGUGAGCACGCGGUCCAUAUUCUGCCGCCAACAUCGAUCUGCCCCGUGGUGCUAGAUCGGCAAAGAUCAUUGUCACGGGACAGCAAGAGAGGCAGCAAAUACGGCCAGGACUCGUCGUCCGUCAGCUCCGGCGGCUAUUUGUCAACGCGCUCUUCGGCCCAGCAGCCGGCCAUGUCCUUCCAGAUCACGCCGCUAUCAACUACCACACCCUUGCUGGUCUUCAUAAAUCCAAAGUCCGGCGGCCGUCAAGGCGAGCGCAUGCUCCGAAAAUUCCAAUACAUUCUCAAUCCUCGACAGGUGCACAAUCUCGCCAUCGGCGGCCCUAUGCAGGGCUUACAGAUGUUCAAGGACGUGGAGAAAUUCAAGGUCAUUUGCUGUGGAGGCGAUGGAACCGUAGGCUGGGUCUUGGAGACCAUGGAUCGAGUCCAAUUUGAACAUCAACCGGCCGUUGCGGUUAUACCACUUGGAACCGGAAAUGAUUUGGCAAGAUGUUUACGCUGGGGUGGUGGCUACGAAGGUGAAGCCAUUCAUAAAGUUUUAAAGAAAAUCGAGAAAGCGACGCCGGUAAUGAUGGAUCGAUGGCAGAUCGAAGUUGCAGAUCAGUCGGAAGAGAAGAAACCAAAUCAAGAUAGUAUACCCUAUAACAUCAUUAACAAUUAUUUCUCCGUGGGUGUGGACGCGGCGAUCUGCGUCAAGUUUCACCUCGAACGCGAGAAAAAUCCGCAAAAGUUCAACAGCCGCAUGAAAAAUAAGCUCUGGUACUUUGAGUACGCCACGACCGAGCAAUUCGCCGCGAGCUGUAAGAAUCUUCACGAAGACCUCGAAAUUAUCUGUGAUGGCGUUCCCCUGGACUUGGCCCACGGUCCAUCGCUUCAGGGCGUAGCUCUACUAAACAUUCCUUUCACCCACGGUGGUUCGAACCUCUGGGGCGAGCAUCAUACGCGGCAUCGACUCGGCAAACGGAAAAAGCGCCCCGACAAGGAGCUCAGUACCAGUAGCUUUAAUUCCGUGGACCUCACAGUGGCGAUACAAGACAUAGGCGAUAACCUCAUUGAAGUAAUCGGCCUAGAAAAUUGUUUACACAUGGGUCAAGUAAAAACUGGACUUCGCGCUUCAGGCAGACGAUUGGCGCAAUGUAGUAGCGUCCAGAUCACCACAUCGAAGCGAUUUCCCAUGCAGAUCGACGGUGAACCUUGGAUGCAAGGGCCAUGCACCAUUAAUAUCACUCACAAAAAUCAAGUACCGAUGCUGAUGGCCCCACCACCAGAGAAACGCAAGGGCUUCUUUCGGUUCCUCAAAAGAUGAACGCACUGUCGAUGGUGAAAAUAUAUACGUACAACGUAUGUGCACACACACUAUCAAGGAAUAAAAUUACUUCCUGCAUCCCUCUAGUCUAACAAUUUUAACUACGUCACGAUACUUUUUGAUUACUCGAUGCGUCUACAAGGAAG